GCCUGUUUUGUUAGCACGGCGCUAGCACGUGCACUGGGGAUGCAAGGGACACAUGAUCCAUGAGUCAUAACUGAGCGUGCAAGAGGACAAAUCAUAGCAGCAGCCAUGGUUGCUCGCCAAGGGAGCAUGCAAGGUGUACCAAUUUUGCUUGCAUCAUCCUGCGAAGCAAAUGCAAAUCUCCCUUGGGAGCUGGCAUCUCCGUGCUUCCAGAUGGCUCCUCUGUUCGAUCUCGCGAACCUUAUCCUCCUCGCCAUCUACCUCCUGAGCUUGGCGAUUGCUGCUUGCACAAGACAAUUCACUGUCAUCAGGCCAAGGGACCUGCCAUUGUUGUGCGCUCUAGCUUCCCCUUGCUCCGCGCUUCUUGGCGUCGCGUGCUUCUGCUUGGGAGCAUGGAGCUCCUCCAUCCAGAAAGCAGAGCUCUUGGUAAGAGGCAUAGUAUGGUUCUCCGUCUCUGUUUCCCUGAUACUUCGUCCGACGAGAUUCUCCGGAGCCCUGGCGAUGGCGUGGUGGGCCGUGGAUGCGGUUCUGAUCACGUUCUACAGCGUGGAGAAGCUUGUGAUGGGGAGAACUUUGGGAGAUCUUGACGUGGUAUCAUGGGCUGUGAGCUUCCUGCUCCUCUUGUGCGCGAUCAGAGUUUGCAGAGGCCGCCGCCUUGGUAAUAAUAAUACCGCUGCCGCCGGCGAAGAGUCCGAGCCGCUGCUGCAGGCGGCUGGAGCCGGGGAGAGACCGGCAACGGCGUUCGGCGAGGCCGGAUUCUUGAGCCGUCUUCUCUUCACGUGGAUGGACUCGUUGCUGCGCUUGGGGUACUCCAAGCCGCUGGACCUCGGCGACAUCCCGCCGCUGGACGCGGACGACGCGGCGUCCGAAGCUUGCCGGGCGUUCCUCGCCGAGUGGCAUCGGCGGAGAGAUCAGUCUUCUCCUUCGCAGCAGAAGACGAGCAGCAGCAGCCUUGUGUUCUUGGUCCUGGGUGAGUGCCACAAGAAGGAGCUCCUCUUCACGGCGCUCUACACGCUGCUCCGCACCCUCUCCUUCGCCGCGUCGCCGGUAAUGCUCUACUGCUUCGUGUCCUACUCAGCCGACGCUCCGAACAGAGAUCUCGGCGCCGGGGCCGCGCUCAUUGCCGGCCUGGUGGCCAUGAAGCUGGUGGAGUCGCUGUCGCAGCGGCACUGGUUCUUCGGGUCCCGGCGGCUGGGCAUGCGCAUGCGGUCGGCGCUCAUGGCCGCCGUGUUCGCCAAGCAGCUGCGGCUGUCCAGCGAGUCCCGGCGGCGGCACUCGGCCGGCGAGAUCGCCAACUACAUGGCCGUGGACGCGUACCGGCUCGGUGAGUUCCCGUUCUGGCUGCACCUGGCGUGGAGCAUGCCGGUCCAGCUCGUCCUCGCCAUCGGGAUCCUGUUUUGGACCGUGGGGCUCGGCGCGCUCCCGGGGCUGGCACCCGUGGCCGUCUGCGGCGUGCUCAACGUUCCCUUCGCCAAGAUGCUGCAGCGGUACCAGUCGAUGUUCAUGCAGGCGCAGGACGAGCGGCAGCGGGCCACGGCCGAGGUGCUCGGCGCCAUGAAGGUGGUCAAGCUGCAGUCGUGGGAGGAGAGAUUCAGAACGGCCGUGCAGCAGCUCCGGGAUGUCGAGGUCCGGUGGCUCGCGGAGACGCAGGUGAAGAAGGCCUACGGCAGCGCGCUGUACUGGGUGUCGCCGACGGUCAUUUCGGCAGUGAUCCUGGCCGGCACGGCCGCGCUCGGGACCGCGCCGCUGGACGCCGGCGUGGUGUUCACGAUCCUGGCAACCAUGCGCGUCGUCUCGGAGCCCAUGAGGAUGCUCCCCGAGGUGCUGUCCGUGUUGAUCCAGGUCAAGGUGUCGCUAGACCGCAUCGGCAAGUUCCUCGCCGAGGACGAGUUCCAAGAGGACUCCGUCGACAGGAUGCCGCCGGCCUCCGCCGUCAUGAGCCUUGCAGUGCGCAACGGCGUCUUCAGCUGGGAGCCAAACAAGGAUGCCGUGGCCGCGACUCUGAGAGACAUCAACAUCACCGCAACCCGCGGCCAGAAGAUCGCCGUCUGUGGCCCUGUCGGCUCCGGCAAAUCUUCGCUGCUCUGCGCGACGCUCGGCGAGAUCCCAAGAACCUCCGGAUCAGUGGCCGUGUCCGGCACGGUGGCCUACGUGUCGCAGACGUCGUGGAUCCAGAGCGGCACGGUGCGAGACAACAUACUCUUCGGGAAGCCGAUGAGGCAGGAGGAGUACGAGAGGGCGAUCAAGUGCUGCGCGCUGGACAAGGACAUGGAGAAUUUCCCACACGGCGACCUGACGGAGAUCGGGCAGAGGGGUUUGAACAUGAGUGGUGGGCAGAAGCAGAGGAUCCAGCUCGCCAGGGCCGUCUACAACGACGCCGACGUCUACCUCCUGGACGACCCUUUCAGCGCCGUCGACGCGCAUACCGCUGCAACGCUCUUCAAUGACUGUGUCAUGGCGGCGCUGGAGGAGAAGACGGUCAUUCUUGUGACGCACCAAGUUGAGUUCCUCUCCAAAGUUGACAACAUUCUGGUCAUGGAAAAGGGGGAGAUAACCCAGGAGGGAACUUAUGAGGAGCUUCUACAGUCCGGCACGGCGUUUGAACAGCUUGUCAAUGCUCACAAGGACUCAAAAUCAACACUGGACACCCAAGGUCACGGCAACGUGCCAAAAGAAUUAGCCAUGGUUAAGCACGAUCAAAUACCGAUGAUACAGCAGAGAAGCGAAGGGGAAAUCUCCACCGGUAACCUGCCGUCGGUUCAGCUGACCCAAGAGGAGAAGAGGGAGAUGGGAGAAGCAGGACUGAGGCCUUACAAGGACUACGUUCAGGUGUCCAAGGGCUGGUUCCUCCUUGUCCUGAUAAUACUCGCGCAGUGUGCGUUCGUCGCCCUGCAAUGCCUGGCAACAUACUGGCUUGCAGUGUCGGUUCAGAGCCACCGGUUCGGCGUCGCGGUUGUCGUCGGUGUUUACGCUCUGAUGGCAACUGUCAGCUGCUUGUUUGCUUAUGUGAGGAGCCUCCUUGCUGCUCACUUUGGCCUCAAAGCGUCCAAGGAGUUCUUCUCCGGGUUCAUGGAUUCCGUGUUUAGGGCUCCCAUGCUGUUCUUUGAUUCCACCCCGACUGGGCGGAUCAUGACCCGGGCUUCAUCAGAUUUGUGCAUCUUAGACUUCGACAUCCCAUUUACUAUGACCUUUGUGAUCUCCGGCACGAUCGAAGUGGCGGCAACUGUAGUGAUAAUGAUCGUCGUGACAUGGCAAGUUGUACUGGUUGCUCUUCCUGUUGUGUUUGCUGUGCUGUAUAUUCAGAGGUACUACAUUGCCUCGGCCAGGGAGUUGGUAAGGAUCAAUGGAACCACCAAGGCCCCUGUCAUGAACUAUGCAGCUGAAUCAAUGCUUGGAGUGAUCACCAUUAGGGCCUUUUCAGCGACAAAUAGGUUCAUUCAGACAAAUCUUCAGCUCAUCGACACAGAUGCGACGCUGUUCUUCUACACAAAUGCAGCGCUAGAAUGGGUGCUUCUGCGUGUCGAGGCGCUGCAAAUCUUGGUUAUUGUCACAUCAUCCAUUCUUCUUGUUAUGCUACCGGAGGGAGCAGUUGCUCCAGGAUUUCUUGGCUUAUGCCUCUCGUAUGCAUUGACGCUCUCUUCUGCGCAAGUGUUCUUGACACGAUUCUACUCAAACCUGGAGAAUUCCAUAAUAUCAGUGGAGAGAAUCAAACAGUUCAUGCAUCUUCCUUCCGAGCCUCCUGCGGUUAUCAGUGACAAAAGGCCUCCUCCUUCAUGGCCAUCUGAAGGAAGGAUAGAUUUGGAGAAUUUGAGAGUCAAGUACCGUCCAAAUUCGCCUACCGUGUUGCGUGGGAUCACCUGCACAUUUGCGGCGGGGAACAAGAUCGGAGUUGUUGGAAGGACCGGGAGCGGGAAGACCACUCUCCUGAGCGCAUUGUUCCGCCUCCUCGACCCGUCCGACGGGCGGAUUCUCAUCGACGGUCUUGACAUUUGCACCAUAGGACUCAAGGACUUGAGGAUGAAGCUCAGCAUCAUUCCUCAGGAGCCAACCCUUUUCAGGGGCAGUGUGAGGAGCAACGUCGAUCCCCUGGGCGUGUACACCGAUGAGGAUAUCUGGGAGGCUUUGGAUAAAUGCCAGCUGAAGAAGACGAUCAGUGGCCUUCCUGCACUUCUUGAAUCACCAGUGAGCGAUGACGGCGACAACUGGAGCGCCGGCCAGCGGCAGCUCUUCUGCCUCGCGCGUGUCCUCCUCCGGAGGAACAGGAUCCUGGUCCUCGACGAGGCGACGGCGUCCAUCGACUCGGCCACCGACGCCGUCCUGCAAAGGGUCAUCAAGCAAGAGUUUUCAGGCUGCACGGUGAUCACCAUAGCGCACAGGGUUCCCACUGUCACGGAUAGUGAUAUGGUCAUGGUUCUCUCCUACGGAAAACUUGCAGAGUACGAUAGGCCAUCAAGGCUCAUGGAAAAUGAGGACUCCGCCUUCUGUAAGCUCGUCGCCGAGUACUGGUCCAACUACAAGUGAAUUUGCGAUUUGUCAGGUUAACCAAAUGCCGGCGAGUUCGUCAGCUUCUCUUCGCUAAGAAAGAAAGGAAUUUAUAUCGAGCGAACCCCGCUGUUUAGUCUUCCGGAGUGUGCUGAAAGAACGGAAUUUAUAUUGAGCGAACGUUCGUUGUUUAGUCUUCCGGAGUGUGCUGGCUAUUCGAUUGAGAUGACUACGCCUGAAAUCGCGCCACAUGUCUUGCAGGGUGACAACUUUAGUUAUGUGGCGCAGUGUCGGAUCUAGGUUUUUGAGACAUGAUGGUCCAAUGUAUAAAUUUUUAUCUCAAUAUAAAUUAUAACCAGCAAAUUUUACCUCAAA